AUGACUGGGCAGUCUGUGAACCGGCACCUCCAGCUAGCAGGGUGCAGCAGUGACAGCACUGGCUCUUCGCUGAGACCCAGGGCCACACUCCUGGGCAAGGUCAGCAACACAGAAAUCUAUGAGGACCAGUCCACUUACAAGCAGCUCAGCAGUAUUGCCAACAUCAAAAUCUUCUGCUUCGAGUCAUCCCUCUACUAUGCCAACAAGGACUAUUUCAAGACUGUUCUCUACCAGAAAACUGAGGUAAAUCCUAUCCUGCUGGAUGCUAAGCAUCAAAGGGUGGAGAACCAGGCAAAUGCAGACACAGGCAACAGCAAGAGCUUUUUUGGCACCAGGUUUGACUGCCUGAAACAGUCCAAGAAAAGGGCUGAGAAGCCUCCAGCAGAUGCCUGUCCUCCCUCCAUGGAUAUGCACACCUUAAUCCUUGACUGUGGGGCAAUGCAGUUUAUAGAUACCGUGGGUCUCUCUGUGCUAAAGGAGACACAUCAUGGCUAUCAGGAGACUGGCAUCCAGGUGCUCCUGGCCAACUGCAACCCUUCCAUCGGCCACCGGCUCCGGGAGGGAGGCUGGGCUGGUGAGACAGACGGUGGCGGUCAGCUGGCUUUCCACAGUGUCCACGACGCAGUGCAGUUUGCUGAACGGUGGUACCGCCUGCAGCAGGAGGAGAGCAAGGGGGAAAAGGAUGCGCUCCUGGACCCCAAAGACUUCCAGGCGUCUUUUUCGAGUGAGGGCUUUGGCGUACCGGAGAAGAUCGUGCUGCUCACCUUCAUCUCUGCCGUUAUACUGAUGGCCAUCCUGGGGAACCUGCUGGUGAUGGUGGCCGUGUGCCGGGACAGGCAGCUCAGGAAAAUCAAGACCAAUUAUUUCAUUGUUUCCCUUGCCUUUGCGGACCUGCUGGUGUCAGUGCUGGUGAUGCCGUUUGGAGCCAUUGAGUUGGUUCAGGACAACUGGAUCUAUGGAGAGAUGUUCUGCCUGGUCCGAACGUCCCUCGAUGUCCUGCUCACCACAGCGUCAAUCCUGCACCUGUGCUGUAUCUCGCUGGACAGGUACUAUGCUAUCUGCUGCCAGCCUCUGGUUUACAGGAACAAGAUGACUCCAUUGCGCAUCACUGUAAUGCUUGGAGGGUGCUGGGUAAUCCCGACAUUUAUAUCUUUCCUCCCUAUCAUGCAAGGCUGGAAUAGCAUUGGCAUCAUUGAUCUGAUUCAGCAAAGGCAGUUCAACAAGGCUUCCAACUCCACUUACUGCAUAUUCAUGGUCAACAAGCCAUACGCCAUUACCUGCUCCGUGGUGGCCUUCUACAUUCCCUUCCUCCUGAUGGUGCUGGCCUACUACCGCAUCUAUGUCACAGCCAGGGAGCACGCCCGCCAGAUCCGGGUGCUGCAGCGUGCAGGGGCCCCCACCGACGGCCGGCAGCACCACCCGGACCAGCACAGCACACACCGCAUGAAGACUGAGACCAAAGCUGCCAAGACCCUGUGCAUCAUCAUGGGGUGCUUCUGCCUGUGCUGGGCCCCCUUCUUUAUCACAAACGUAGUGGACCCUUUCAUAAACUACACGGUGCCGGGGAAGCUGUGGACAGCUUUUCUGUGGCUGGGCUACAUCAAUUCAGGGUUGAACCCUUUCCUCUACGCCUUCCUGAACAAGUCUUUCAGACGUGCCUUCCUCAUCAUCCUGUGCUGUGGUGAUGAGCGAUACCGAAGGCCUUCCAUCUUGGGGCAGACGGUCCCCUGUUCCACUACCACAAUAAAUGGAUCGACUCAUGUACUAAGGUGA